AUGGCUCCCAGUGAGCUGAUUCUCGGAGGUCAAGCAGGGAACACCGACGUCAUCAUCCACCAGGGCGACGUGACACUCAAACCCGGUUUGGACGUCGAGUUUGUGUGCGAGGCCAUCGGAUCCAGGCCUCACGUGACAAUAGCAUGGUACAUCGACGAGGCUCUCGACGAGACAGACCAAGGGACGUCGAAAAUGAAUUCGAACGAUGCUCGACUUCAAGAUACGACAUCGUCGUUCGUCAUCUCUAACCCUGGUCGCUUGCAUCACGGAAAACUACUGACAUGCCAAGCCCUGAUUGAUGGGAGAUUAGUUCGUAAUACAAGCAUUGUCAUCAAUGUAGAAGAACCACCUGAUCAACCAAUCAACAUUCUUGGUCUUAACGAUCACGUGAGCUCCUCGACGCCACAGAGGCCAUAUUGUAUCGCUGGUAGCAGCUUUCCAGUCUCCUUCAUCACGUGGUCACUCGAUGAGGAGAACGUGACCGACGAUGCCGAGGUGACGACCACAGUGAUGACCUCGGGUAUGAUGAGGGUCAUCAGCGCGUUGGAUUAUAAUCCAAUGAUAGAGGAUGACGGAAAGGUGUUGCGAUGCAGGGUUGGUCACGUGGCUCUGGCGGAGGAUAUCAUUGCAGAGAAAGCUAUCUGUUUGACUGACUCUAUGCUGUCCGUGUCAGUUAAGCAAGAACUCUCUACCUCUCUCCUUCUCGAUCUAAGCGGCAUUCAACACUCUUCUACGUGCACUCUCAGCACCUGCGAUACCACGGAAGGUUCGUCACCGAACAACACUCCAGGCAGUGGAUGCAUCCAGAAAGAUCUCGGCACCAUGUACAGCGACGUCGUUGACCACGUGUACGAAGUCCGUAAUCUCCUGGCCUCGACCACCUACGAGGUCGACCUCCGUUGCCGUCACAGGUUGUGCGGGGAGAGCACGGCGAGUACAAGGGCUUCCGUCCCUACUCCCAUUGUAUUGAUUAAUGAUCAAGGAUCGAAUCAACAGACGACUUCUGAUGAGAAAUUGUGGAUUCGCGACCUCAUUUUCGUCAUCAUCGCCGUCAUCGUCGUCAGUGCUUUCGUGAUCGUUGUCACUGUCUCCGUCGUCCUCAGGGCUGUCGUCAAAGGAUCGAUGCGAGUAGCUGGGGCUCGAGAAGAAAGUCAUGUGACAAGAUCACCUAAUCGAAUUGAGGAGGGGAACGAGGGGGAGCCCAAGAUUUAUCAGGAAAUCAAGGAGUUAAGAUCCAGCCUUGUGCAGCCCUCUGACAUCAUCGUCUCCACACUGUCCAGCUCACAGAGACGGCACAGCCUAGGUCAGUCAACGCGGUUGGUCAUGCGGCACCCACGACCGCCUCCUCUACCGCUACCAACCCACCGCAUGUCGGUUACUUCUGCGGUCGUGACCGCGCCCGAUGCGAAGGAUACCGACUCGGAGAAUGAUGAGUAUGUGCCUAUGUCACCGGAUACGUACAGCAUUGACUCCGAGUAUAUGACCAUGAACAGAGCUAACACUAACUAGAUUACUACGUCACCUUAUUCCAUUUCAUAUAUUUUUUUUUGCUCACCUUCGUUGAUUUGCUGCAAAGGUAAUCAUGACAUUGUAACAUCAACAUUAUAUGAUGCAAUUUCAUAUUAAGCAUUACUGAUUACUAUUCUUUCAGUUCCACAUUUAAACUUUCGUUUUUUUUAACGAACAAAUCUUGAAAUACGAUAAAUAAUCUCCAUCUUGAACUUUUUUUUUAUUUCUUUCAAACUCCUAAUGACUACCUGUUGCCCUGAUCCUCUGUUACUUUGCAUUCACGCCAUUCAUUUGUUUGCUCCUUGCCAAAAUUGCACAUUUCCUUCCAUUUCACAAGCAUAAAACAGUAUUAUUAUUCAUGCGUCUUGCAUCAAUAGCUUAAUUAUAGGUAUAUAAAUUAAUGUUAUUAAUGUUAUGAUGUAAUGUGAUACGCUCAAAAGUAUAGUAUGAACCGGUUAGUAUUAUAAUUGUAAUGUGAUUUAUCAGAACUAUAUAGGUCGGGGCUGUACGUAGAACAUUAUUGUUAUAAGGUUGGCCUACAAAGUUUGGUAAUAAUUAUGUAUCCAUGGCAAUUUGUAAAAAAUGAGAUGAAUGUAAAGUCAAUACAUUGAAAUAUCAUUGUAUAAUUAAACUGAUGGAUAACAAGUAUGUAAGAAAUUGUGUAGUUGAUAAAAUUUGAGGAUGACAGCAGCUGAAUCAAUAAUGUAUAUAUUUUUGUAUUUUGUAUGUAAUCCCUGCUGUGUAUUUUGUAAUUUUUGCUGCAAUUUUAUAGACAAGAGACGUCAUUUUUGAAAUAUUAUGAAGAACAAGAUGUUACUCUUUUAAAUAUAUGUAGACGUAAAAUGAAAUCCGAAUGAUAUUCAUUUUCAUUGAUUAUACUUGACACGCGACCGUAAAGUUCUUCAGAAUAUAAAACUAUAUGGCACUUUCAUUAGCACUUUGCAUCGCUUUUUCAUAUGUUCAAACAUGCAAUGACUUAUUACAUAAUGCAAUCACAAUGUCUACAGGCAGUAGUACAUUAGGGGAUUGAUAUUGCCCAAGUUCUUGAAAUUCUUUGCGAUCAAGUUUAAGUGUGUACAUCUAACUACACCAUCAUCAUGCACAUAUCACAGUAUCACUGUAAACAAAAUGGGCAAUAUUUUCUAACACUUUGCCCAACGUUGUGCUAAUAGUCAACCCAACCAUCUAUUGGGCAAUUGUUUCGUAUUUUGCCCAACAGCUGGUCAAGUUUUUCCCACCAAGUGGGAACCAUAAUCAGUUGAAGCAGUUGAAGGGUCAUAUCUUUGCCCAAAUUUUGGUCAAAAUACGAAACAAUUAUACACGUGUGAAGGAGGGUACUUACGUUUACCAAUA